AUGGCUAAUCACAGAGUUGACAGGUUUAGGAAGGUUUUAGAGAGGAAGGGAGGGUCAGUGGACGAUGAUAGUGUUCUUUCGACUGCAGCAACUGGCAGUUCUGACCAGGGGAAGAGAGCUCCGGCAGCUUCGUCUUCGUCGCUGUUGCUGACGUUUGAAGACGGCAAUUACGUGCCAUUGUCAGUUGUCAAGCAGACUUUAAGUCAAUUUACUGAGAGUUUGCCAAAAGGUUCGGCUGAUUCAGGUGCGGUUGGUGCUGCCGGUUCAGGUGCUGCUGGUUUAGUUGAUGCUGGUGCGGGUGAUGGGGUCGAGGAUAGCGAGGCAUGGCAUACUCUUGGAUGGGCUGCUCUGUCGGUGUAUGGCCAUGUGGUGAACCAUUUGCUGGCCCAGACCCUGCCAAUUACAAGUGGAAUCCUCUAUUGGGACGAUUUGCUUGACUCGGGACCAAUGGGUCUGGCUGUCCAUGGAGUCCAGGUUCUGCCAUGGUGGUUGUAUUCCCAGGGCUCUAAGUUUAUUCGUGGAGAACACAAUUGGAAAGAAGCACUAAAUAAACACACGAGUGCCUAUGCUCAUGCUCGUGCUGGUGCUCGCACAACCAGCCAGACUGGUCAAGGCAGUGACACAGGUUCAGGCCAUUCUGGUCAUUCUGACCGUAAAACACACCUUGGAACCAAUGUUUUAAGCGCAAUUCAUUUCAGCCUGAGCUCGAUUCCAUUUAAAAAAAUCCAGCCUACUUCAAUUACCGAGCUGGUAUAUAUGGCCAAUCCAGCCUAUGUGUCUCUACGAAGAAAGAUCAAACAAAACAGGAGAGAGUUAAUUGCUGCUCGUGACAGUGCUGCUAGAAGACUGGGUGUAGUGGUGUCUCAGUGUUGGAACGAUGAAGAGGACGCUAAAAUGGAUGCUACAAAUGUCGCUGAGUUUGAAGCAAAGCUGAUUGAACGACAUACUUGUGGAUGCAUCGACACUAUCUAUAGAGAGAUUGUAAACGAAGAAGGUGAUAUCAACAGCACUAACCACAAUGCUACGGUUACUCCUGCCAGUUAUGCCCAACGAAUCAUCACCGUCAUCAAUAUGCUGCCUGCUGAUAAGGACCGGUAUUCAACUACCAUCCGCAAGCAUGGAACUCCAAGUUUUUAUAUUAGGUAUUGGCCCAUGGCUACAUUGGCACUGGCUGGUGCUUAUAAAGUGUUGGGAAAUUGGCAGGCCAUUACAGACUGGGCCAAGACCCAGCUAUGGGAGACUCUUGUGGCAUUCUGGCAGAAUAGACUGGUUAAACCAUUGUACCAAAUCUAUGAGACUAUUCGGUAUGAUGAAAACGAGCAACUGUCACUUAUCAGCAAAAAGUCUCUUGAAUCGGACAUCCAAUCUUUAGAACGGAUGGUUAUUGACCUUGUUACUAAGACUGACAAGUCCAUUUCCCCAGACAUCUUACAAACAAAGGUAGUACAAGGAGAUCUCACUGAUGUUCUUGUAAAUUACGAAAAGCAAAUCCAGACACCUAUUCGAUCAAUUGUCAAUGGCGAGUUGAUUCGGUCGUUAUUAAUUCAAGUCCAGAAAGCCAAAGUUGAUGUCGAAGUUGCAGUUAGUGGCAUUGACAAACUUCUACAGUCCCAGCAACUGGUCUUUGGACUAGUAGCAGCACUACCAGCCAUAGCUGUUUCUUGGUGGGCCGUCCGUGCUGUUGUCAAUAGCACACUUGAAGGGAAUACACAGCGUAGAGUUAAAGGUGCUCACAACAUUAAAGGUGAGAUCUAUUCUUCCUUGUACAAUGUCAAACGGAUUCUUCGUAAGGCGGCAAAGAAAGCUGACAGCAAGUGUGAUCUUUCUCCCUUGGGUGUUGGUUUGUUACUUUGUGAAACACAUCUGCUUCGGGAUCUGUCAAGACAAAUUCUCAACCGCUCUCGAUACCGCGAGUUUGUUGAUGACCUUGACCAGCUAGAACUAUCACCAUCUGUUUCUGCUAAACAAUUAGCUCUUGACAGAAUCUACUGGCGUAACUAUUUUUAA